AUGGACAGAGUGUACUUGGAUGAGAAUGGAGAGUUGGCAGCUGACUUGGACAUUGUGAACUGGAUGAAGUCUACCAAUAGGUCCAUUUCUAAACUGAAGCUUGGGAGUAUCAGCAGACAGGGAUCCACAGGUGUACAGUUCACCAUUGACCAGAGUGUCAUUGCAUGGCUCAAAUGGAAAAAUAAGCCGCUGCCGCCUUCCAGGUGUGUGGAAAGAUGUCACCCUGGGUUCCUCAGGAUGGUUCAGGAAGGAAAGCCACUUUGCUGCUAUGACUGCAUUCCCUGCCCAGAAGGGACCAUCUCCACUCAAGAAGAUGCAGAGCGUUGUGUCAAAUGUCCAAAUGAUCAACAUCCAAACAAGGCCCGAGAUCAAUGUGUCCCCAAGAUUAUCACCUUCUUGACUUAUGAAGAAAACAUGGGGAUCGUCCUAUCUUUCUUUGCCCUCUUCUUAUCCUUAACCAUAGGCUUUGUGUUAGGGAUCUUCAUAAAAUACCAGGAAACUCCUAUAGUGAAAGCUAACAACCGGGACCUCUCCUACAUCCUCCUUCUCUCGCUCCUGCUUUCAUUUUUGUCCUCCUUUCUCUUCAUUGGCCUGCCAAAUAAAGCCACCUGCCUUCUCCAGCAAUCUGCCUUCAGCAUCAUCUUCUCAGUUGCCGUCUCUUCUGUGUUGGCUAAAACCAUCACUGUGGUUCUGGCCUUCCUGGCCACAAAGCCAGGGAACAAGGUGAGAAGAUGGCUAGGGAAAAGUCUGGCGAACUCCAUUGUCAUUUCCUGUUCCAGUGUCCAAGUUGUCAUCUGCGCUAUCUGGUUGGGAACGUCUCCCCCAUUCCCAGACUCUGACAUGAACUCCCAACCUGGGCAGAUCAUCCUGCAAUGUAAUGAAGGGUCUGCUGCCAUGUUUUAUGGUGCCCUUGGCUAUAUGGGCUUCCUGUCUGCCCUCUGCUUCAUGGUAGCUUUCCUAGCCAGGAAACUGCCUGGGUCCUUCAAUGAAGCCAAGCUGAUCACCUUCAGCAUGCUGGUUUUCUGCAGUGUUUGGGUGUCCUUUGUUCCCACCUACCUGAGCACCAAGGGGAAGUACAUGGUGGCUGUGCAGAUCUUCUCUAUCUUGGCCUCCAGUGCUGGGCUUCUGGGUUGUAUCUUCAUGCCAAAAUGCUAUAUUAUUGUAUUGAGGCCUGAUCUGAAUACAAAAGAUUACCUGACAAGAAUAUUUAAAGAUGGCAACUGA